GGCGCCGCGCUCUUCCGCUGGGCCGAGCGUGACCACGAGCUGCGGUCGCAGCGCACCUACGCCCACCUGUUCGAGGAUUUCCGGCGCAACCUGACCAUGGGCGGCGCGCCAACCUUGGCCGACCUCGACCGGCUGCUGGACGCGCACUUAAUAGCCAACCGGCUAGGCCUGCUGCACCACCGACCCCAGUGGGACUUCUCGGGCAGCUUCCACUUCUCCUGCACGGUCGUCUCCACCAUCGGCUGGGGAUGGACGGCGCCGCAGACCACUGUCGGCCGGAUCUGCCUCAUCGUUUACGGCAUCCUGGGCUGCGCCGGCGGCAUCCUCUUCUUCAACCUCUUCCUCGAGCGCUUCAUCACGCUGCUCUCGCACGUCAUGCGCGUGUACCACUCGUGGCAGGUGGAGCGGCGGAUGGCGAUGUCGCGUGCACCCUCGCGCCUCUCGCGACCCGACAGCCUCAGCUCGCAGGCUUCGCAGGCCGGCAAGUGGAAGCCGUCGGUGUACUGGGUGCUGCUGUACCUGCUGGUAUGCACCUGUCUCGUGCUGCAGCUCGGCGCCGCGCUCUACCUGAGCAUGGAGCGCUGGGACUACCUGCGCGCGAUCUACUACACGUUCGUCUCGUUCGCGACUAUCGGGUUCGGCGACAUGGUGGCCGGCAUUCGACCCGACCACUUCUACGGCGCCGCUCAGUGGUACGGCGUCGCCAACUUCCUCGUCACGGUCGCCGGCGUGUGCUGCAUGUACUCGCUCUUCAACAUCGUCUCCAUCAUCAUCAAGCAGCUGUUGAACUACGUUAUCGGCCGCGUGGACGGUGUGUGCGCGUCGACAGUGUGGCCGGCGGGCGAGCCGCUGGAGAAGGGACGCCUCGACUCCGGCCGGCCCCGCUCCGGCCGGCUGCCCAGCCUGCCCACGCCUCGCCUCUCCCCCGACCAGCUCAAGUCGACCUCGUCGCGCGACGAACUGGACGCCGAGGGCAUCACCGCCGACCGGUGCGCCGGCCGCGCGCCCGAUAGCAUCAUUUUCACGCGCGAGCUGCUGCAAGCUAACAGGACUGUGGAGCGCUCGGUCUAG